CGGCACGGUAGGGCACCUGAGGCUGGCAGGAGACUGGCUCUUGGCUCCCUGGCUUACCCGCAGCUCUGGUCGAAGCGCAGAGUGGUCCGAUCUGAUAGGCACCCUGCUCUGACGGAAAACUGCUCUCCUGCCCGUCAAACCACCACGCACAGCACACAACGCCCACGACCGCUCGCACCACUCCACUCUCCACUCACUUUGCGAUUUGUGAGGUCAGCUCUUCCGCCCUCCCAUCACCGCCGCCCGACCCGUAGUCACCCUGCCCGUGGACGAGUGCAGCACAAGGGACCUCCCCGAAAAAACAUAACCAUGUCUUUCCUCCGUAUCGCCGCCCGUGGCCCCACGGCCUCGACCUUCUUCCGUGCGACCACCCUGCGCACCGCCGCCCGCCCUCUGGCCGCCGCCCGCCCCAGCUUCAGCACCUCCUCGCGCCUGCGGGCCGAGCACCACGAGGAGUCGUUUGAGGAGUUCAGCGACAGAUAUGAGAAGGAAUUCGACAGCGUCCAGGAUGUUUUCGAGCUCCAGCGCAACCUGAACAACGCCUUCGCCUACGAUCUGGUCCCCUCCCCCUCCGUCUGCACGGCCGCCCUGAGGGCCGCCCGGAGGGUCAACGACUUCCCCACCGCCGUGCGCAUCUUCGAGGGCAUCAAGUCCAAGGUCGAGAACAAGGAGCAGUACCAGCAGUACCUCACCGAGCUCGAGCCCCUGCGCAAGGAGCUCGGCGUCCUGCUCAAGGAGGACCUGUACCCCGAGGGCCAGGCCGAGCACUAAAUCCAGAGAGACGGGAGGAGGGGAGAGAGAUACCCGCGGCCGAGCGAACACCGCCUUAGCCUAAAGUACCACACGAGAGGUGCGGGCCAGACCCUGUUGGCCCUUUGCCCCUCGCGCGGGGACGAAAAAAAGGAGGCCGUUCAAAUUCUUCUGAAUCCAAGUUGCGAGGCGAGACUAAGCAAGGCCCGGAAAUCUGUGUAUAUGUGUCCUACCACCCACAAACGAACCCAACAAGAAAAACCCAAACUUAGACAAAAAAGCAGCCAGCUUGGGACUAGUACCAUUUUAUCAUAGAAGGCGGGAGGGGGAAUCCUGACGUUGUUCACCGUUCUCAUGAUGGCCGGGUCAAAGUGAUUAUUUCUAGUGACGGCGGCGGCGAUGUCUUCUAUAUCUAUCUACCCUGCUAUCUCUGACAGCAGGCGAUGUACCAACGACAGCAGAGGAGAAAGACUAUUGGGGGGGGCCUUUCAAUCCUCUACUCUUUCCAUCUCUACUCGCACAUCCGACCCGGCAGCUCUGUAUCCCCACGAAGUGAACCCGAGGUAGGGUGGAUUUGGCAUUGGCCCCCUCAUACCCCCCCCCAGAAUCGACGAAGACAAGGAGGAAAGCAACAGCGUAGCAUCUGUUUCCGAUACGGGACCACGGACACAACAAAGAACGAGUCAGCCACGGCGGGGGAGGGGGAUGAACUGCCACCGGCUGCCCGCUCUCCAGCCCAUCCACGACUCUCAAAACAACGGUUAUGAGAUGGAAGCUGCUCGUCCAAGGUUCCCUCCCUAUGACAAAGAAAAAAAGGGGGGCUGUAGGCGGCCGGCUGUGUGGUCUCCCGGCAGCAAGUAACAUAUGUAUUGUGCGGCGGGUGCGAACCUUAUCUGUUAAAUAGCGGCAUGGCGCAGGUCAACACCCAACAUACCCUCCUUCCAACAUCACAGCCCUUCUGUAAGGAGGACAUAUUGGAACUCGUCAGCAAGCAGGACAUGUGAGCCAGCUCAGCUCUAGAAUAAGCGGGAACCAGUCAGGUGCUUGCGUCCUAGCUGGGACUCGACCGAUGGGGAGGGGAAAAUACUCGAGAUGACUGCCAAAUACAAGUUAUAUUAACUUAGGAAGAGAGAGAAAGUGCCACAACUCCCCAAAGCGGCCUUGGCCCCUAGCCCUCGUUGAGACGAGCGUUUCUCGCUCUAUAUAUAAAUAACACCGAAGACUGCCCUGCCUAGUCACUGCUAAAGUAGUAGCUGCUCGGCGACAUGUCGACAUCGUACUAUCACACCCGCGACCCGAGGGAAUGGUCCAAUCUCACAAAGCCUCG